CCAGGUAAAUCAGUAAUCCCCCGCCAACCUCUCGCUUCUCGCACAUCAUCGUCUUCUCUCCCUCUCUACAAUUGACUCUACGGUCUACAUCUCCCUCUGAAAUCGAAGUCCCCACUCCAUCUACCUCUAAAAUCGACCCCAUGUUCUCCGUCAUCUUCUCCGACUAAAGAUUCCAAGCCUUCUCACAAUCGCACUGACACACGGUUUUGUAUUUCUCUUUUUAUCCGAUUGUCAACUAAAAUGUGGAAAUUGCUGAGAAAUUUAGAAGUUAUAAAUUGCUGGAGAUCUGGAGUGGAGUGUUGAAGCUUCUCAAAAGGGUAAAAUUUCCAAUUCCAUUGCCUGCUUCAUAACUACAGUAUAAUAUGUUCAUGUUCACAAUUAUGGAAUCAUGCUUGUUUGGAAUGGAUUUAGUUUGAUGGGAAUGGGAUGAGCCUCUGUGUUGAACACAAACUGAGUGAUCUCCAGUGUCCACUGUUUUAAAUUACAAACUAGACUAUGGAGUCCUUGGUGAAUGAAGUGCCCAUAUCUUGGCUCUCUAAAUUUGUCAUGGAUUCUACAAAUUGCUUUAUUUGGUGAAUGGAUGCAAAUUGAUUUUUUAUGGGUGCAUUUACAUUUGUGGUGUUUUUGCUAUAAGUUCUGUGAAUGGAAAUAUGGAAUCAAUGGAUGCAGCAGAUUACUUUUUAUUUGCUUCCGGUUCCGUGGUUUCAUUUUUUUUGCCAACAAAUCAACGCUACUUCCGCUCAGGUGCAGGCCACCAAUGAGGGCACCAGCAUCCCUGUGGCUGCUACCAUACCGGUCAUUUCAGCCCCGGUGUUGCCUUUGGGUCUGAGCUCUGUCCCGACGGCCAGCGUGAUCAGCCCCUUUGCGACCCUCGUCCCUUCCGCUGGACCGAGGGUCACAUUCCCACCAAGCAUGACUCAGUUCAUGAAUGACCCAGCCAACCUACAAGCCAUCCAGGGCUUUGGCCAGGUCAUGGCCAUGUGCCAACAGAAUGGGGGGAUGCCUUUUCUCCCUGGUAUGUUUCCGUUCGCUCUUCCAGGCGCGGGAACCAUGCCCUUACAAGCUCCAAUGGCGGUGGCGUCGUUCCAGACGCCGGUGCCGCAGCCAUCUCCUUUCCAGCCCCAGCUGGUCAGCGCCAUGGCCCCUAUCAACUUGGCCGGCGCACUAAACGCUGCAGGGCCGUCGCGUCCCCCGCAAGCUACGGAUCCGCAGAUCACUCCUGAUGGUCAUUGCGUCUCAAUUGAGAGCGAUGACGGCGAGUGGGACAUUCCAAGGGCCCACAAGAAGAAGAAAGGAAAAAACAUCCGGCCAGCAACCUCCCGAAACUCCGCCUUCGAAAGGCUGGGGCAGAGCGUUGCCCAUGUCAUCGCGUUCGCCCGGCUAGGCGAGAUGCGGGAGGCCGAGCCUGCCCGCACCCGGCGCUCCCGGUCUAACCGUGAUUUGGCCUCAAAGUUCAAGGCCAAGUUCCAGGAGAAUUGUACUAAGAGGAAGAAAUUCACCUAUCUUAGUACAGCCGGGCAGAGGGAGUCUGAGAGCCUUACUCAGUUCCUUACCCGGUGGAAGGAAGAGGUGGACAAGGUGGAAGAGAUGGAUGACAAGACCGUCCUCUCCCUCCUCUUGAAUGGCUUGCGUGCUGGGGAACUAUACAAAGAGUUCUGCCAGAAACCCCCAGCCACGUACCAAGAGGCCUACCACACUGCAUGGGAGUUUGCUGAGGCUGAAACCCAGCUCCGGGCAAAGAGAGAAGCUGAGCAUGGUCACAAGCCAAGGCCGGUGCAAGUCAAGAAGGAAGAAGCACCGGGACCUAGCCGGCCGAGGCACCACUAUGACCCGGUCAUCCGAGUGAUCAAUACGGAAGAAUGCCAAGAAAUCCGGAAAGCACCGGUCAUUCCUCCAGAAAACCCUACCGGUCAAGGGGUCAUCCGGAAGAUGAUCGACAGUGGGGAGCUGGGCAAAGAUUACUUGCAGAAAGCCCAGGAGAAGAGUCAUCAAUGGGUUAGGCCGAUUACCCCAGGGGAUGACCGGGACAACGACCGGCGGAGGAAUAACCGGCCAAGGGAGCGGCAACCUGCUCUCGAAAAAGAGCACAUCGGCAUGAUCUUCGGCGGACCCGAGGGUGGAGAUUCAGCCGCGCAGCGGAAGAACUGGGUCCGGAGCAUUUACGUUGGAGAGGUAAGUGCUGAACCGCCCAGGCGUAAACAUACUAGGAGGGAGCCUAUCGUCUUCACUGACCGGGAUCUCCCUCCUACUGGCUUCACGGGGGACACCGUUGAAGCUGAAGGAUCCAUAGUUCUACCGGUCGAACUAGGAUCAGGUGAAAAAACCAUGUGGAAGAAGAUGCGGUUCAUAGUUGUGGACAUCAAAUGUGUCCACAACGCAAUUCUUGGAACGCCAGGCAUCAACAGAGUCGGGGCGGUGAUUUCCAUGCCUCAUCUAUGCAUGAAGUUCCACACUCCAGGUGGUGUGGGUGAGGUGAAGGGCGACCAGAGGAACGCCCGGGAGUGCUAUGCUCGGGCAGUCAAGAAAAUGACCAAGGGGGUCAAUGUCAUCUCCCAAGAAAUCACAAAGGGAGAGACCCGGGAGAAAUUGGAGCCCGAGGCCGAGACGGUGGAAAUCGAACUUCACCCGGGUGAUUCUUCGAGGAUGGUCCGAAUUGGAGCAAAUCUCCCCGAGGAUCUCAAGGUAGAAAUCACACGGGUCCUCCAAGAAUACGCGGGCAUAUUCGCAUGGAGCGUGGCGGAUAUGCCCGGGAUAGAUCGCUCUGUUAUCUGCCACCGGUUGGCCGUGAGGGAAGGAAGUCGACCGGUACGCCAGAAGAAGCGGUAUUCUGCCAGUGACCGGCGAGACUUCGUCAAGAAGGAAGUGAAAGACCUCCUCAGUGUUGAAGGGUUCAAGAUCUACCAUGCAAUCGUCUUCAACUUCAAGCUGACGAACAAUGAGGCUGAGUAUGAAGCUCUUGCCGGAGGGCUCAGACUUGCCCAAGCCCUGGAAAUCAGCCGGGUCAGUAUCAAAUCUGACUCUAGCCUGAUAGUUGGACAGGUGACCGGUAACAUGGAAGCAAGGGAAGGACGCAUGGCACAAUACAGGGACCUUGUACUUGCCCUGUUGAAAGGCUUCGAAGAGUUCAAGAUCGCCCAAAUUCCCCCGGCAGAAAACGCAGAUGCAGACCUUCUCUCCAAGUUGACGCAGUAUGCUCCCGAGCAUGUUUCGAAACUUGCCCGGGUAGAGAUCCUUGACCGUGCAAGCAUCGAAAAAUUGGAAGUCGCCGCCAUAACGGCCGGAAGCCAAUUUGACCGGUCAAACCUCGUCAGGGCGGACGACCAUUGGAUGUAUGAUCUGAUGGAAUAUUUGAUGGAUGGGAGCUUGCCAGAACAAGAUGACCGGGCAAGAAAAGUGAAGCUCAGGGCACCCCGAUUCCAGAAGCGGCUGGGAGAAGCAGGAAACAAGUGGCUAGAAGAGCUCUCACACAUCGUAUGGGCAUUCCGAGUAACACCCAGGAGGGCUCAUGGGGAAACCCCAUUCUCCCUAACCUAUGGGUGUGAAGCAAGGCUGCCCAUCGAAGCUGAAUUGCCCACGUUUCGGGAGUCAAAUUAUCAACCCCAGCAGAAUGAGGAAGAUCACUUGGCCGAACUCAACUUGGUCGAAGAGCGGAGAAUGGCCGCGGAAGUUAAAUUGAGUACAUACCAACAAAUUGUGAAGAAGUACCAUGACAACAAGGUUGGGCCGCGGUACUUCCAAGUUGGAGAUGAAGUCCUACGAAGAAGAGAAGCAAGUAGACCCGGCGAUGGAGGAAAGCUGGCAAAAAACUGGGAAGGCCCAUACAGGGUUAGAGCCAUCAUUCGACCGGGAACGUAUCGGUUAGAAACUUUAGAGGGUGCACCGGUAGAAAGAACUUGGAAUUCCCACCAUCUUCGCAAGUUCUACAAAUGAUUGUAAUACUAGGCGAGGCCUAACUACAUUAUCAAUCAAAGUGAUGUUCAAUACUCUACUUGGUAGCGGCAGAAUUGAUAGGUCAAACCUGUCCUAGGAGGGCUUCCUGGGUGGAUCGAAUCCACUUGGAUAAGCCAACUAAGACACAGGCCCGGACAUGGCACGCUGGUUACUACACCGGUCUUGCUCAGUAUAAUAGAAAAAAUAUUAAAACCCGGAAGAGGAUAUGCCUGCAAGAGGGCUGGACCUGGAAGAAGGUUCGAACCGUACUUACACGGGCCCAUGAGGUUUGACUGGUGUCGGG